UGAGCUCGUCGCAGGAAUUGACAAAUUCUUCUCGAGACUGCCACGGUUCUUAAGGAUUUCGUGCCCAACUUGCAGUUUUGCCUGAUUUUGGAGUAUGAAUAUGAGCCUCAUGAGCUUGGUCCAAGGACCGAACUCAGCAACAGGCGGUGUUGGUCUGCAGGGUUCAAGGUGAAAGAAGAUUAAGGUUGCAAAAGAAUCGUGAACCUUGUGUGAGCUUUGAGUAGAAUAUGAUUUCGUAGAGUUUGCGCUGUACAUGAGAUUCGCCGGUGCCACCUCUUUGAAGUCUCAGCAGACCUGCGCACUAGGUCUCUCUCUCACACACUCACUGGGUCUGUGUGUUUUGAUGGCCUCGGGCCUUGGAGCCUCUCUGUCUCUAGGUAGGACGUAGGCAAGGCGUGCAUAGCGAGGCGUAGCCUUGCCUGCAUUCCGAAACAUCUCGCAUUGUGUCUGUAACAGCUGGGAGCUUCUCUUGCCCGUGGUGUCGGUUGUUGUUGUUGCAAUGCUCCAGUUCGGGAAUCCGCUCACUGCAGGUUCCACAUUCCUGAGUCGGUGGAUGUGAAGGUACCGCGUGUCCGUCCCGAUCGCACCGGCUGAACCUGUGGUUGCUACCCGUUUCUGUUUUCUGUUUCCCCCCCAUAUCCUUUUUCUUGAGGUUGGUUAGUCCUUUGGCUUUGCGCAGGAUUGGGAGCUGGUGUUUUGCCAAUAGUUAAUUGAGCAGGAGAUCAGCUUAAACCCUGCAUGUCUUUGCCCUGAUGCACUCUUGUUUGCGGCGGUCUCACUGUUCACGCAUUCUUCAAGUCAACAGUAGAGUGAUGGCAUGUGAGGAAGAUAAUUUUUUUAAGGAAGGAUCGAGUGAAGAAGCUUCUCUCAUUCCAAAUAUACAUCUCGAGUAGACUCAGUGAUUUUCACCCUCGUAAGAGCCAUGAACCUGAACCUGUUGUCGCGACCCCUCUCUGAUGGUUUGCUUGUGAUGCGUAAUUUGGCAAGAAACAAUUCUUUCCUUAAAAGAUCAGCUUGUCUUAAACGGCUUCAGGUCUCAAUUUGCUGUUGACAUUUCAAUGCCAUGUCUAGGUCUGUGUGUUCCUGCUGAGUCAUGAAGGGAGAAAUACUUGAUUAAGUCAACUCUUGCUGUGGACCUCUGCUGUCACUUCUCAGAGGAGGAAUCCUCUGGAUUUGGAGCGCAUCUCAUGAUCAUGUUUCUCUGUUCGAAUUAGCGGUGCAACAAAGGAGUGUUACCGUAUUUUGAGGGGCAGCUGCGGAUUUUGGAAAUCACUUGGAAUUCCUACUUCAGGGUGCACAACUUAAGCUCAAACAUCCCUGCUUAAAAGAAGGCAUCACCCGUCUUUCUUACUGCAGAUUGUUAAGUUUAGCAGAUAAGAAAUUGUCGUUUGAGAUGUAAAAAAUAAUCUACCAACGUGGUCAGUGACCCGAAGACCACCAAAAAGAUCCAUGGCGCCUUUCCCUGGUGCUAAUCAGAGUGCAAUGCGGAAACCAACCUUUCUUGACGGCACUGAGGAACAUCUGAAAGGUAAUGAUGAGGUUGGAACUGGAGGGCCUUCGUCUGACAGGAAACCCAUGAGCUUCAAUCCAUUCCGAGGUCAUAGGAGGGUUAGUUCUGGGAAUAUCAUCACAUCCUGCAAGUCUGUGGAAUCGACACUGAGGGAGAAAGGGAGAAGCUCAUCGUUCAGAACCACGUCGUCCGAGAAUCCACCAAUGGAGAAUGGAAAGAUCUUGUCACUCAGGACGGACAAAUACUCAGUUGCAAAGAUUGCAGCGUCUUUGAUUCAAUCCCCAGGAAAAAUUGAGAGCUCUGUGUCAAUUUCGAGGCUGAGUCACAGAACCUUGCCAGAGCAAGUAAUAUCUUCGCGACAACAAUUUCAUGUAGCACCAGAUCACAAAAGAGACGCAGGUGGAGACAAAGAGAAGGGCUGUGAUGAUGUAGUCAAGAACACGGAAGUAUUGAAGGGGGAGGGUGAAGCAGAAAUGUCAAUCAGUGGAGGCAAGAAAUCCCUUCCAUUUACAGAGGACGCUGCUUCAGGAUUACCUUCCGUCCAUUCUGGAGAGUUCCGACAUGGGUCUGAAAGUAUUCCGAGCUGUAACUUGACUCUCACGGAUCAACUGUCAUCGUGCAUCAACAAAUCCAAUCCUCGUAAAUGGGUGCUAAAUUCCUUCCCAUCUAAUGUGACACCAGAUAAUCCGAUUCUACUCUCAAACGAGACUCGUUCUGUCCACGGGGCAAAUUCAGUUGUCCACGAAACUUGUUCAGAUAUGGGUGUGAGCGCAACAAUCUUCAUCUCCCAGUCACAACCGUCGCACAUGGACGCAGAUGGAGACCUUUUUUCACUGGCUACAUCAACGGCGGUAUCUUCGUUAAGCUCGCAACAGAGCAGUACACAGAACUCCUUUCACCUAGAUCCUGAAAGAGUCCUGAAAUUGCCUCUGAAAACUGAUUCGCCUGAAGCCAGUAUGAUCGACAUCCAGGCUCUUCUGCUGGCUAAUGAAAGAGUAACUGAGGCAGAACUUACGGAGGCUGCAGUGAGGUCUAGCAUCAAGGGAGAAGACGUCUUAUCUGACCCCACAAGCAUAUUCGAAGAUUCUCAACAGAGUGAUGUACUGGAGGCAUGUAGAGAAAUUGGGGGCAACCAAGAAUCGCCACCAGCUAUGAGAAAUGAAUUGGCUUAUUCAAAGAGGUCUUGUCAUUUUGACGCUUGUUUGGGAAGAACUGUGAGCUUUGAACCUGGAUCAGGGCCAGAGCGGAUGAAGAAUUUUCGUAUGAGACGGCGAAGCAUUUCAGCCUCGGUACACGGAGCCAUGCUGCUAAAAGCUGUGUCUGAAUCACACUCUGGACCCUGGGCGAUGAAAGGAUUGUCCAAAGUUGGGCCAGUUGAAAUCAUUUCGGGAGAAGAAGCUUUACGAGCUAGAGAAUAUGUCCUUCGGAAAACAUCUCAAAUUUCUAUGGGGCGAGCUUCUGAAUCGUUCCGAUCUCCGAAGUCGACUCUAACAGUCUGCCCCGAAUCAAAAGCUGCGCUUCGUUCUGAAAGCGACGACCGUAAAGAGCUUGUUCAACAUUCCAGGGAUGCUCAUGUCAGCGUUGAGAGCACAGUUGCGUCUUUAAUCUCUGAUGCCUGCUCAUUAAGAAAUAUGUGUUUACCUUGCCGACUUCGUCUCACGUAUAUGCGUUUGAAGCGGUGUCAUGAGGACUACGGAGUAGCUUCUACCUGUGAAACUCAAAAACGAAAUUACCAUGAGGAGGUUCGGGGGCAUCAUCUUGACGUCAUAAAAACUGGUACGAAAUACACCUGCAUACAUGAAGGCAUAACCGCUACUUUUGAUGAGGCAGAAAGUUGCUCUCGCGAAAGAAUACUCGGCGAGGCAAACUCUAACUUUCAAGACCCAACAUCCGACGAUAAAUAUAAGUGUACAAACACAUCCGAAGCAAAUUCUGUAGCAAAUGAGGAUGGAAGCUUUGGCAAACCAAAGAGAACGACGGAUCCGGAUAGAACCUUCUCCGACUUCGACUCUUCAACAGAGGGACUCUCGAAUUCGAAUUCCAACAGUGGCCCACUUGGGCAAGCUCCAUCCUCCAUGGACGCUAAUGAGGCCAUCACUCGGGCCAGAUCACGGAGUUUGGUAUCAAGCUUGCAUUCCGCCCCACUUUCUGAAACGGCAUCUGUAGAUACCCUCCGCCUGGGUUUUUGCUCCGGAAACAUCUACGCCAACUCCUCGUUCUCCAGCUCUCAUCAGGAUAGGCUUUGGGAGGAGCAAGCAGAUAUUUACUCCAGCGGGGGCCGAGGGACCCCUGGUCGUGGAUUCGAAACAGCAGCCACGACUAUGUCCCUCCAUGAUGCUCCUCCUCAGGUUUUUACAGCCUCUGGGUCGUUGAGAAGAGGACUCAUCGACCCCACUGGGAGAGAUCCCCCCUUCACCCCAUUCGCAGUGAACAGACACCAGGGGCGACAGCAGCGAGGCAAUAAGAGAGGACGACCUCGUGGUCCACUCCGGAGCUUGUUAACUGACGAUGUGCAUAAGAUGGGCUGUGGAACCAGACACCCAGAGGGCAGCAGCCACUUCAUACAACAAAUCAUGCAGAAAAUCAGAGGCAAAUCGUCUACGUCCCUCAGUCCGAAGAGCACGAAUGCCACAACCAAGAGAAGGAACACUUGGAGCAGCUGUGUCUGGUUCUCUAUUAAAUGAUCUUCAUCCGCUGUUUUGUCAUUGUAAAGGAAUCUCACGUGAUGUAAUGUUUGGAAUGUGUGUAAUCAGAAAUGUGUAGUGCUCGAGAGGUGGUGAUUCAUUCCUGUUCAUGGUCAUAGUUUCGCAGUCAACUGCUGCAACAGUUUCAGAAUCAGUUGAAUUCAACGAACCAUUUGGUGUUCCACUCCAUGCGCAUCACUGAUGGAGGCUCAGUGUAUUAUCACACAUUAAAAUAAUUUUGUGCUUUUGCUAGAA